CGUGUGUCUGGGCGGAGCCGGUGAAUAAAAGAAACAUCCCCUACAUGCUAUGACUAAACCGAGUUCCAAUAUUAUUUAGAAGUUGUUUGGUCGGCAGUUUAAGAAGAUUAAACUUUGUGUCUGUGACUGUGAAACUCGCGCUGACAGCUCUGACGCAGGUCCCGCGUGAGCGAGUUGGAACGAGACAGGAAGUAGGAAGAAGAAGCAGAAGAAGAACGCAGCGGCGGGAACAGACGGGGAGAUACUCAGCCAGGCAUGAGCAGCGCACACCUGGACGAAUGGCAGAGGAGGUCCUUUGACAUUUCAUCUGGCAGCUGUACACCUGAACAGACGGCCGAUGCCUACCGAGCCCACAUCCUCUCCAUUCAGUAUGCAUGGGCAAGCUCCCAGCUCUCUCAGGCCGGCGCGGCCAGCCUGCUCAGGACCUACUCGGAGCGCUACGGCUCGGUGCUGGACUCGGAUGACCCUCGCACGGGGCUCAACAACUAUGCAGAGAGCGUGCUCCAUCUGGUCCGCAGUCAGAAGAACCACAGCGACAAAUGGGAGUCGGGCCUCACCGCGGAGAGCGUGCUGGAGCUGCCCAGCGUACGGAAGAUGAUUCAGGCGAGAACGGGGGGAGAAGGCUUCCAUGUGGCUCCGGCAGAUGUUAACGUUCCGGUGGGACAAGAGGGCAGAGGCAGCUCCGUCUCUGCCCCCUCCACAGGAGGCAGGUCAGAAGCUGCGUUAUUUAAAGCUGCGGCAGUGCCACCGUCUAAAUCAGAGGUUAACAGCGCUGCCAGAAAUCCUGCGUCUGUGUCUGCCGAGGGCACGAGAGGCUGUAAUGUGUUCUCCAACAGUAUAAACCCGUCCUCCGGGCCUCCGGCUCGACCUCAGUCUUUGUUCGGCCACCCUCCAGCUCUUCCGCAGGCCACUGCUGGCACUGCUCGGGGAUUGCAAAACCAUCAGCCCGCCUUAUUUCCAGCCUCAAAUCCAUCUAAACGGAAGAACUUCUACAGCCCGGACGGAGGGGAGACCAGCAGGGGAUCGCACGGAGGUCAAGGAAGCGCUGACCCGCGAGCUGGAGGCAACUUCAAAUCCGCUCGAGAGCAGUUUGUUAUUGACCAGCAGAAGAAAAAUUCCCAUCAGCCCCAGAGAGCGCAGACGCCUGGGAUGGGAGCAAUUGUCAAGAAAUCUCUCGGUGCCAACAGACCUCGAGGCGCGUUCUCAAAGUUUGUGCCGCCCGUCGCGCGACAGGAGGGGGAGGAGAGCAGCGCGAGCCGGAACCAGAGCGAGGAGCCCCAGAUCCUGGACGAGCGUCUGAAGAACUUCGAGCCGAAGAUCGUGGAGUUGAUCAUGAGUGAGAUCAUGGACCACGGCCCUCCUGUGGCCUGGGACGACAUCGCCGGCCUGGAGUUCGCCAAGACCACGAUCAAGGAGAUCGUGGUUUGGCCCAUGCUGCGGCCUGACAUCUUCACUGGCCUCCGCGGGCCGCCCAAAGGCAUCCUGCUGUUCGGCCCCCCGGGGACCGGAAAGACUCUCAUUGGGAAAUGCAUUGCCUGCCAGUCGGGCGCCACCUUCUUCAGCAUCAGCGCCUCGUCGCUCACGUCGAAGUGGGUGGGCGAAGGAGAAAAGAUGGUGCGCGCCCUGUUUGCCAUCGCGCGCUGCCACCAGCCCGCCGUCAUCUUCAUCGACGAGAUCGAUUCCCUGCUGUCCCAGCGGACCGACGGCGAGCACGACUCGUCCCGCAGGAUCAAGACGGAGUUCUUGGUGCAGCUGGACGGCGCCGCCACUGCGGCCGAGGAUCGCAUCCUGGUGGUGGGCGCCACCAACCGGCCGCAGGAGAUCGACGAGGCCGCCCGCAGGCGCCUGGCCAAGCGGCUCUACAUCCCUCUGCCCGAGGCGGCCGCCCGCCGCCAGAUCGUCACCAACCUCAUGACCCGGGAGAAGAACCAGCUGAGGGAGCAGGAGCUGGAGGGCGUCGUCGCGGCGACCCAGGGCUUCUCCGGCGCCGACAUGACCCAGCUGUGUCGGGAGGCGGCGCUGGGGCCGAUUCGCAGCAUCCAGCUCGGCGACAUCGCCACCAUCACGGCGGAUCAGGUCCGUCCGAUCCUCUACUGCGACUUCCAGGAGGCCCUGAAGACCGUCCGGCCCAGCGUGUCGGCGAAAGACCUGGAGCUGUACGAGGACUGGAACAAGACGUUCGGGUGCGGACGCUGACGUCUUCCCCUGCCGCCGCUCGCCUCCCACUUCCUGCCGAAGUCGAAAGUGUAAACAGGAGUUAUUAAGAGUCUGCUGCGCAUCGUUUUUGAAAUGCAGCCUUCUACUUGUUCUAAUUAGCCUCCUUCACCGGUCGCACUCAGAGGUUUUGCUCUCAGCACAGUUUACUUGCUCAUCAGUCUCGGCAGGCUGCGUUACGCAUCCAAAUGAUUCUGGGGCGUUUUGAAAAGAGUCGGCCUGUUUUGUUCUGAUACCGAUUCUUCUGCUGCUCUGCGGUUUGGUGGGAUUGUUGAGCACCGCAUUGUGUUGCAGAUGAAGCACUGAUCUCUCUUUAAAUUUGUUUUUUAGUCGUUCCCGUCCGUCCUGAAAUACUCUGAGGGGAGACGUUAAUGUUUUGUUUUCUUUACCGCAGACAUUCCCACCUCUUCCUCACACUACAUGGCAAGUUGUUUUCUAUUCAUGUUCAUACUUAUAUUUUUGUGAAUAAAAUUAUUUUGAACUCUCA